AUGACUCCAUCAUUUCUUGAUAAACAAUUAGCAGAUCUUUUCCCUUGGGAUGUUUUCGACCCAUCUCAGUUUAGUAAAGUAAACUAUAAUAAAGAACAAACACAAAUGACGUUAAAGUAUCAUGUUCCUUCUGAUAAUUUCAAUCGUGCUAUUCAUAAACGACGAAGACGUAGAAUCGUUAAUAGAAAAUAUAGAAAUGCGUUUAAUAUAAAUACAUUAAGUCGAUUACCUUUGCAAAUUACGAAUGAUCCAUUCGCGGUUCAGUUGUUUUUUGGGUCUUCUUUCCGUUAA